AUGAAAACGUUACAACAGAACAUCAUGACGUAUACAAGGCUUCUAAGCUUCAUUCUACUUCAUAUUUUCCUCUUCACCUUAACAAAUGCACAAUUACCAUAUUACAAAUUAAGUUAUUGCCAGAAUUCAACAGAAAAAACAAACAACACAGCAUACCAAUCCAAUAUUAACAAAGUUGUUUCAUGGAUAAACUCUGAUUCUGCAGCAGGCACAGUAUCUAACCAAACCACCAUUCACAGUAGCAACAACAACAAUGAUGAUGAUGGUGUUUAUGGGUUCUACGAUUGUCGUGGUGAUGUCAGAGGAGCUUUCUGUCAAUUUUGUGUCAACACCGCUGCCAGAGAUAUCGGUCAACGUUGUCCGAGCAGCGUCUCGGCUAUCAUAUGGUAUGACCUAUGCAUCGUAGGAUUUUCUAAUCAUAAUAUCCCAGGAAAAGUUUAUACAACCCCAACAUGGAAUUUUACCGGAGCCAAAACUGUUAAGGACUCAACUGAACUUGGACAAACAGAAAACAACAUGAGGAAUUUGAUAGGUACAGUGACUUCAGAAGAAACCAAUGCCAAUUGGGCAAUGGGUGAGUUUGACUGGAGUGACAACGAGAAAAGGUAUGGUUGGGUGCAGUGUAGUAGAGAUAUUAGUAAGGAUGGUUGCAGACAAUGUUUGGAGGCUAUGUUGGAUAUAGUUCCUCAUUGCUGUAGAACAAAUGUAAAAUGGGCAGUGUUGUCUCCUAGUUGUGGGAUGGAGAUUGAUGAUAAUAAGUUCUACAGCCUGCAAACAGGAUCUCCUUCUCCGACGCCAAAUCCAGGCAAGAAGAAAGGUGGAAGUAAUACCAAAACCUUGAUCAUCAUCAUCAUUGUAAGCGCACUGGUGGCAGUAGCUCUACUAAUUUAUUGUGUCUACUACUACUGGAGAAAGAAUGGGUUAACUAAAGGUGAGUUACUGAUGAGGAGGGCCAUUACUCCCAAAUCUUUCCGACACUGUGUUCAAAGUGAAGAUUCAUUAAGUGAAUACCUUCCGGUAAUCCCUUUAAAUGUAAUUCAACAAAGCACUGAUAACUUUUCAGAAUCAUCUAAAUUAGGAGAAGGUGGAUUUGGUCCAGUUUAUAAGGGUAUUUUACCAGAUGGGACUCAAAUUGCGGCCAAACGGCUUGCAGAAACGUCAGGCCAAGGUUCCGAGGAGUUCAAGAAUGAAGUUAUUUUCAUAGCUAAACUACAACACAGAAACCUUGUGAAACUCUUGGGUUGCUGCUUUGAAGAAAAUGAAAAGAUACUGGUAUAUGAGUACAUGCCAAAUUCAAGCCUUAACUUUCACCUUUUCGAUAAGGAAAAACAUAAGCAUCUAGAUUGGAAAUUACGACUAAGCAUUAUCAAUGGAAUCGCAAGAGGACUGCUAUACCUUCAUGAGGAUUCUCGACUUAGAGUAAUCCAUAGAGAUUUGAAAUCAAGCAACGUUCUUCUCGAUGAUGAAAUGAAUCCAAAAAUAUCAGACUUUGGAUUAGCAAGGACAUUUGAAAAAGAUCAAUGUCAGACAAAAACAAAGAGAGUUAUUGGCACCUAUGGAUACAUGGCUCCAGAAUAUGCUAUGGCUGGGAUAUUUUCAGUAAAAUCUGAUGUUUUCAGCUUUGGAGUUCUCUUAUUAGAAAUAAUUUACGGAAAAAGAAAUGGAGACUUCUUUCUUUCAGAACACAUGCAAAGUCUUCUAUUAUAUACUUGGAAACUUUGGUGUGAAGGGAAAAGUUUAGCAUUAAUCGACCCGUUCCACAAAAACACGUACGUUGAAAGUGAAGUCAUGAAGUGUAUACAUAUUGGUUUAUUGUGUGUACAAGAAGAUGCAGCGGAUAGACCAACCAUGUCCAUCGUUGUUCGCAUGCUAGGGAGUGACACAGUAGCCCUUCCAAAACCCACACAACCAGCAUUUUCAGUUGGGAGAAUCUUCAAGAAUGAAGAUCAACUUUCAAAAAAUUCUAAGGUUGAUUCUGUUGAUGAAGUAACCUUAACUAGUGUUUCAGCUAGAUAG